UUGAAUACCACCACACAUUCAGAACCACCCCAGCCCACACAAAAUUCCACCACAAACACACUCUCAAAACCACAAUCCACACAGAUUACCACCAUACUCUCACAACCACAGCCCACCCCAAACCUUGAGCAGCCAGGUCCAGGUACACUCAGACCCAGAGCCCCAGUCCCAGAGUCGCCUCUGAUGUCAUCAGAAGAGGUGAAUGCUCACGAUGGCCCUACGGAAAGUACUUCCUCUUCCCUCAGUGCUGAAGGGUCCCCGUCAGGGACAUCAGACUUGGACCAGCCCAAACAGACAGGUCCCCCAACCCGCAGGGCCCGUUUACCUAAACCCAAACCCAACUUGGGUCACACUGCCAGAGCCGCUACACGCUCUGCAGUCCAGGUACCAGAAAGCAGGCCCAGCUCUGAAGUCCAAACACCAGAGGAAGCUGAAGAGGUUCCCAUGGAAAUACAACAGAUCCACCAAGUCAUCCCCCUUUCUAACAUCAUCGAUACUACCCAGGAUGAAAUACAACAGAUUCACCAAGUCACCCCUCAUCCACCCAUAGAGGGGCCUCUCAGACAGAGGGAGGGGAAUGAUAUUGGACACGCCUCUCAAGUGGAAUCAGGUUUUGAAGUGUCAGAGGGCUCAGAGCAGCAGACAACCUCACAGACGAGGAGGAGCCACUUCCCUAAGGUCAAACCCAAACCCAACCUGGGACGGGCUGCUAGGACCACACAGCCCAAACCCCAACAGACUACCACCACACUGUCAGAACCACCACAGAAUACAACCACACUUUCAGAACCGCCACAACCUACUGAGAAUAUUACCACACUACCCAAACCAACACAAACUACCACCACACUGUCAGAACCACCACAGACUACCACCACACUCUCAGAACCACCACUACAGCCUAUGCUGAAUAUCACCACAACCUCAGAACCACAGCCCACCCCAAGCCUUGAGCAGCCAGGUCCAGGUACACUCAGACCCAGAGCCCCAGUCCCAGAGUCACCUCUGAGGUUAUCAGAAGAGGUGAAAGGUGACGAUGACCAUAAGGAAAAUACUUCCUCAUACCUCAGUGCUGGAGGGUCCCAGUCAGGGACAUCAGACUCGGACCAGCCCAAACAGACAGAUCCCCCAACCCGCAUGGCCCGUUUACCUAAACCCAAACCCAACUCGGGUCGCAUCGCCAGAGCCGCUACACACUCUGCAAUCCAGGUACCAGAAAGCAGGCCCAGCCCUGAAGUCCAGACACCAAAUGUUGUGGCUUCCAGACCCAAAUCUGAGGUCCAGAGUCUAGAGACUGGACUCUGCCCUGAAGUCCAAACACCAGAGGAAGCUGAUGAGGUUCCCAUUGAAAUACAACAGAUCCACCAAGUCAUCCCCCUUUCUGACAUCGUCGAUACUACCCAGGAGGAAAUACAACAGAUUCACCAAGUCAUCCCUCAUCCACCCAUAGAGGGGCGCCUCAGACAGAGGGAGGGGACUGAUAUUGGACACGCCUCUCAGGUGGAAUCAGGUUUUGAAGUGUCAGAGGGCUCAGAGCAGCAGACAACCUCACAGACGAGGAGGAGACACUUCCCUAAGGUCAAACCCAAACCCAACCUGGGAAGGGCUGCUAGGACCACACAGCCCAAACCCCAACAGACUACCACCACACUGUCAGAACCACCACAGAAUACAACUACACUCUCAGAACCGCCACAACCUACUGAGAAUAUUACCACACAACCCAAACCCCAACAGACUACCACCACACUGUCAGAACCACCACCACCACAGCCUAUUCUAAAUAUCACCACAACCUCAGAACCACAGCUUACCAUGAAUAUCACCACAGAACCACCACUGCCAACUGAGAGUAUUACCACAGAGUCAGAAACACAGCCCAAACAGAGAACUACCGCACACUCAAAAUCACAACCUACCACCACACACUCCAAGCCCACCACAAAUAUCAUCCCACACUCAGAACCACAGCCCAUUCAGAAAACCAGAGUAGCGUAUUCAAAACCACAGCCUACAUUGAAUACCACCACACAUUCAGAACCACCCCAGCCCACACUAAAUUCCAUUACAAACACACUCUCAAAACCACAAUCCACACAGAUUACCACCAUACUCUCACAACCACAGCCCACCCCAAGCCUUGAGCAGCCAGGUCCAGGUACACUCAGACCCAGAGCCCCAGUCCCAGAGUCGCCUCUGAUGUCAUCAGAAGAGGUGAAAGCUCACGAUGGCCCUACGGAAAAUACUUCCUCUUCCCUCAGUGCUGGAGGGUCCCAGUCAGGGACACCCGACUCAGACCAGCCCAAACAGACAGGUCCCCCAACCCGCAGGGCCCGUUUACCUAAACCCAAACCCAACUUGGGUCGCACCGCCAGAGCCUCUACACGCUAUGCAGUCCAGGUACCAGAAAGCAGGCCAAGCCCUGAAGUCCAGACACCAAAUGUUGUGGCUUCCAGACCCAAAUCUGAGGUCCAGAGACUAGAUACUGAUGAGGUUCCCAUGGAGGAAAUACAACAGAUUCACCAAGUCAUCCCUCUUACUGACAUCAUUGAUACUACCCAGGGGGAUACGGCUCUCUUUACGGAGGGAAACUUUUUCUCGCAACAAAGUGAUGCUGUCAUCACUCAACACUCAGAAAGUUCUGUGUCAACUGCUCUUUUGGACCAGGCCCAGUCAGACCCUGAUGAGCCCAUCUUCAUCCUCUCCCUGACUGAAAUCCCAGUCCUCCCCACAGGGGAGGAGUAUGGCUGUACAUCCCAGACCGUCUCCGACCCUUUCUCUUUUCUACCGGUCGCAGACGCAUGCGCUCACCUGCAGCAGAGUGAUAUUGUUGCCCCAGGAGGUGGUUUGGAGAAAGGGAAUGCUGGUAUCCUCUGGAAAGUCCCUGAGCCUAUGUCUGUGGAUGAGGUCCUCCCUCAACCCUCAUACACCAGUAUCAAGGAAGUGGAGUCUGGCUCCACAGCAGGCCCAGUAGGUUUGUGUGCCUCGGGCAAACCCUCAGAAGACCCCAUGGCUGAUGCAGAGACUAGUGAGGACACAGAUCCUCCUUCUAAGAAGAGGAAAGUUCCAGAGAGAGCCAGGAGAGACAAACUGCAGGUGAGACCUAACACUGCAGUAAGGAAACAGCCCAGUUGUUCGGCCCCUGCCAAGGAGGCUGUGUCAGCCAUUACCCCAGACCAGACCACCUCUUUGACCACUACCACCCCAGACACUGACCACCCCACUGCCUCCAAACCCCCAGCCCAGCCAGGCCUCUUUGUCACAGGAACCGCAUCACGAGAGGUGGUGGCUGGUGAGCCACAGCAGUGGAUUGUGGGCUGUUUAGACCUCCCAGAGACAGAGGCCACGCCGACUGGAGGGGAGGACAGUAGUUCAGGGGUGGAGUCUCAGGAUGCCCGUCAAAUUACACCACUGGCUAUGAGUGGCCCCUUGAGCAGGCCUGGUAGGAGACCCAGAGGAUUCCUGUCUUUCAUGUCCAAUAAGACCACCUCCCCUGCAGCUGCCCCCCCCCGAGGUUCCAGAGCAGCCGCUCUGAGGCCCCAGGUCAACACCACCCGCCCAGGGGGGAAACGGGCUGCGCCUGCACCUUCUACCACCACCAGAACCAUGCCUGCACCUUCCACAACCCAAAACACCACCACCCCCACUAGAGCCACCAGAACCACCACUAAGCCAGACUUUUCCCCCAGGGUGACUCGGGAAAAACCCUCUGAUGUCCAGGCCUUACACUCAGACCCAAAGCCCAGUACCUCCCUGUGUACUACAGCUACUGAGUCUUCUCAGGUGCCAGCUGCCCAGCCCAGUGUGUCUCCCUGUGUGGACAGCGGUUCAGCAGACGAGGAACCCAUCAACGUGUCCCAGUACUUCUUCAGUGACAUCUUCACCGAGGUGGAGGAGAAUGAGGGAUGAGAGAAGGAGAGAAAUGAGGAGGAGUAAAGGGAAAGGAGAACAAGAAGGAUUAUUUUGAUUCUUUGUUUGAAUCAAACUGGAGAACAAAAUGUUAAGUACUUAUGAAAAAUCUGGGUUCUUCAAACAUGUUUUUGUAUCUACCACUGAAAUUUCAUCUCUGCUUGCUUGUGUUUAUGCUAAUGAGGUGUCAUGCUUGCAGUGGACAGAUGUGGCCACAAGAUGGCAACAGUGAAACCAAACUAGGGAAAAUUCCUCUUUUCAAAUGUUUUUGGGACCAAACUAGCUAAUUUCCUAUAUUGAAAGAUUACAUUUUUGGCCCUUUUACCCCAAUCAUAUAAUCUAGUCUAUUGAGUAAUCUAUUCAUUUUAAUAAUGUAUUUAUAUUUAUUUGGUUUACUUUUUUUCAAACCACACUAAGCUAGACAUUCAUGAUAAUUUGCCUCCAUCUGCAUGAAGGAGAAUACUUGAAAUCAGUGUCGACUCAUUCUAUUACAGGGACUUUCACAUUCAGAUGUGUUCUUAUUCGAAACAUUGUUUACAUAGGUAACCAUUGUCUUAACAUGAGCAUUGUGUAUAUGUUUAUUAUAAUUUAGAUCAGAUAUAUUGGAGGGGGUAUAUACCCUUAGCAUUUACUUUGGUUUUUCACUCCUCGUGCAUGAACAAGACCCAGCUUUGUAGCUUGAGGGACAGCACAGCGAUGUCUCUUUAUUUCAUGCUCCCUGAAGAUACAGGAAAUAUAUUUUCAAAUGGCGCUGUACAGAAUCCUCUCAUUUAAUCCAUGUACAGUGACAAACUCACAGAAACAGUGCACAGAUCAUGAGUCCAAUGUCAGUUCUCAAUGAUUGAUUAUGUUCUGCAGCCACUGUUGGUUCAAACUAACAUACAGUACAAGUCAAAAGUUUGGACACCUACUCAUUCAAGGGUUUUUCUUUAUUUUUACUAUUUUCUACA